AAAUUAACAAAUCCAUCCACCUCUCUCCACUUUUCCAAUUCCUGUCCGAAGGAUCUCGUGAAUCUUCUCUCCAUCUGCGUUUUCUUUUGUUUUCUCUUUCGUUGGGCUUUCUGCAAUCUGCAUGGACAUUGAGAAACCGCUCUUCGUUAACAUAUGGGUUUCUGGUUUUGCCAGGCCUUCAUGGGCAGUUCUAUUGUUGAUAUUCACAGUUAUCGCAGUUUCAUGUUUCCAGAUAACCACAAAAGCCGUUUUCCCGAUAAGGGUGGUUUUGGGUUCAGAGAAAAGCGGUAUUCCGGUCGACCCAAGUAGCUGUUCUGGGAUUUUCCGGCAAGGACCGCCACGGAAGGUAGUUAUGUCGUUAACGGACUUUGGUGGCGUCGGUGAUGGUAUAACUUCAAAUACUGAAGCGUUUCGGAAGGCGAUACGAAAAAUGGAGCAUUUCGGAGAUAAAGGUGGAUCACAGCUUAAUGUUCCUAAAGGGAGAUGGGUUACUGGUAGCUUCAAUCUCACCAGCAACUUCACGCUUUUUCUUGAAGAUGGUGCUGUGAUUUUAGGCUCUCAGAACCCAAAAGAGUGGCCUGUAAUAGAGCCAUUGCUGUCUUAUGGGCGAGGAAGAGAAAGAUUGGGAGGGAGACACAUUAGCCUCAUUCAUGGAGAUGGUCUCACUGAUGUUAUCAUUACAGGAAAAAAUGCGACAAUCGAUGGUCGGGGAAAGAUGUGGUGGGACCUUUGGUGGAACAGGUCACUUGAGUAUACUAGGGGUCACCUCCUUGAAAUAAUGAACUCUCAGAACAUUCUCAUCUCCAACUUAACCUUCCUUAACUCUCCCUUUUGGACAAUCCAUCCUGUUUACUGCAGUGAUGUUGUAAUCAAAGGAAUGACUAUAUUGGCUCCCCUCAAUUCCCCAAACACAGAUGGUAUAGACCCAGACUCAAGCAAAAAUGUUUGUAUUGAAGACUGUUACAUUGAGAGUGGGGAUGAUCUUGUAGCAGUAAAGAGCGGGUGGGACCAAUAUGGUAUUUCCAUGGCCCGACCAAGCAUGAACAUCAUAGUAAGGAGGGUAUCGGGCACAACUCCUACUUGUUCUGGGCUUGGAAUUGGUAGUGAGAUGUCUGGUGGGAUAUCAAAUAUAACCGUGGAAGAUUUGCACAUCAGAGAUUCAGCAGCCGGGGUACGUGUGAAGACUGACAAUGGGAGAGGGGGAUAUAUAAGCAAUAUCACCAUAACUAAUGUAACCAUGGAGAGAGUGAAGAUACCAAUAAGGUUUAGCAGAGGGUCCAAUGACCACCCAGAUGACAAAUGGGACCCUAAUGCCCUUCCCAUUGUGAAGGGAAUAUUCAUAAGUAAUGUGGUCAGUGUAGACACAAAGAAAGCACCAGUCUUAGAGGGUAUUGAGAAUGCUCCAUUUGAAGGAAUAUGCAUGACAAAUGUUACUUUAUCUGGAUUACCUUCAUCUGCAACAUGGCACUGUGAAUUUAUCAUAGGUGAUACAGUCAGAGUACAUCCAAUGCCAUGUCCUCAGCUUCAGACUAACAACUCUUCAUUCAGAUGUCCACACUCUUGAGUUUCAAUGAACCAUGUAUAGGGUAGCAUUCUUUGAGAGGUUAAGUUGGAUGUGGUCAAGCCUACACUGAGAAAUUGGGUGUCAACGAAUUUAAGUGAUGCAUAAUUGAGCAGGACCAGAUUUGAUUUGGUUGGUAUAGUGUGCAGGUGAUUUGAGAAGAUUGAUGUAUAUUAGCUUGAAUUCCAUUGAAGCAUUAUGGCAAGCUUUUAUACCUCAACAUUUAACGAGUGCACAUUAUGAUCUUCAUCACCUCACCCUCUCCUUGGAUCGAGUUGGGCAGGUGAUGUGUAUACCUCGCAAUGAUUGGAAUUUUUCUACAGGAAUUGGCUUUCACCCCCUUUUCUGGGAUUAAUCAACUGGGGUUUAUUAAGCCCCCAACAGUUUUUCAUGGUGAAGAUUGUACAUGAAAAAGAACAGUUAAUCAGAUUUAUUUCAUGAGAUUUUCUUUUUCUUCUCAA